AUGGGUUGUGUGGUGUUGGUUGAUGUAACAUUUUGGAUUGUAAUGGGUUCGGUAAUGUUUGGUGGAAGGGUGGUAUUUGGUGACGGUUGUGUGGAAGUAGAUUAUUUGGAUCAUGGUGACCAAUGCGUUACCUGUGAAGUAUGUAAUGCAAAGUUAUGGGAUGCAGAAAAAGGAAGAGGAAGAAGAAAGGAUGGAAAAAUGUGUUAUUUCUUACGUUGUUCUUACGGCAUAGUAGAGCUUCCAGAUUACAAAGAUGCCAGAGGAAGUUAUCGGAUCCUAUUUAGUAACAAAAAUAAGGAAAGCAAACACUUUUUGAAAAAUAUUCGCCGUUACAAUUCCAUGUUCGCAUUUACUUCAAUGGGUGGUAAGGUUGACUCAACGGUUAAUAGAGGCAAUGCUCCUUUUUGCUUUAGAAUUAGUGGAGAAAAUUAUCAUACAAUUGGAGGUCUUAUGCCAAACAACGGAGCGCAACCAAAAUUUUGCCAACUAUACAUAUACGAUACUGAGAACGAACUUUCAAACAGGCAAGCGAUAUUUAGUCGUUCAGAGGAUGCAUCGUCUUCUUAUUCUGCUACUCUUGAUCGUAAGUUAAUAGAACAUAUAAAAGAUGUUUUAGAUAACGACAAUGAGUUGGUCAAAACUUACAGAAGAGUUAGGGAUUCUCUUCAAGAUAGCCCUCAUGUAAAUUUGAAGCUUUGCCUAAUCGGAACAAGAGAAAAAGAUGGUCGGACGUAUAACUUACCAACGGCGGGUGAGAUUGCCGCUCUCAUUGUUAGAGAUAUUGAAAAUGUAAUUGACAAUAGAGAUAUUGUUGUUGAGACUCAAACUGGUACACUGAAGAGAAUUAGUGAGUUGCAUCCGUCAUAUCUCGCACUACAGUAUUCGAUUUUGUUUCUGUACGGAGACGAUGGCUACAGAAUUGAUAUCCCUCACAGAGGUGUCAUUGAUGUUGUUAAUAAGAAACAUCCAAAUUGUACUAUGAGAGAGUUCUUUGCUUAUCGUAUGCAGGAUCGGAGAAAUCAGUUUUCGUUAAUCUUGAAUUCUAAGAGGCUAUUCCGGCAGUUCUUGGUUGAUUCUUAUACUAUGAUAGAGAGCGAGAGACUUAGCUAUAUACGAUAUCAACAAAAAGAUCUUAGGUCUGACACAUAUGAAAGCCUCCGUAAAUUAAAAACGCACGAUCAAGAUGAUAUAUCUAAGGCUGGAAAACGUAUCUUCUUGCCAUCUUCUUUUACUGGUGGAGCACGAUAUAUGAUGCAAAACUAUUUAGACGCUAUGGCUCUGUGUAAAUGCUUUGGUUAUCCGGAUUUUUUUAUAACCAUAACAUGCAAUCCCAAAUGGCCAGAAGUUCAACGCUUUCUCAAAUACACCAAUCUCAGUCCGGAAGAUAGGCCUGAUAUCCUUUCCAGAUUGUUCAAAAUUAAGCUUGAUUCAAUUUGCAAAGAUUUAAAAAAGAAUCAUCUAUUUGGCAAAGCUUCAGCAGUUGUUUACACAAUCGAGUUUCAAAAACGUGGUUUGCCUCAUGCCUAUUUAUGCUUAUUCAUGGAGCCUAAAUCGAAAUUACCUACGGUGGACCAUGUUGAUGCAUUUAUAUGCGCAGAAAUACCAGACAGAAAUCAAAGAUCCAGAAUUAUUCAUGCUUGUGAAAGAAUAUACGAUACACUGUCCAUGUGGUAA